CUAUGCCCCAGACACCAAUAUUUUCCAGCAUGCUUGGUUCCAGUUGUAGUGGACAAGUGCAGCCAGAUAUGGGAGAGAAGUGUGUGGACCCCGUUUAUCAGGAUGGGAACCUUGUUUCUGGAUCACUGGAGGCCUUGAUAGAGUGCCUGGUGCCCACCCUGGACUAUUAUCCAGACAGGACUUACAUCUUCACUUUCCUACUGAGCUCACGAGUCUUCAUUCACCCACAUGAGCUCCUGGCUAAAGUGGGGCAGAUCUGCAUUAAACAGAAACAGCAGCUAGAAACUGGGACUGAGGCAGAAAAGGCAAAGCUAAAGUUCUUUGCUGCCAAAAUCAUUCAGCUCCUGAAGGAAUGGACUGAAACUUUCCCCUAUGAUUUCCAAGAUGAAAAAUGCAUGAAAGAGCUGAAGGAGAUUGCUCACAGGAUCACACAAUGUGAUGAGGAAAAUGGAACAGUGAAAAAGAUCAUUAGCCAGAUGACACAGAAUCUCCUGAUGGCCCUCUCUGCACGGAGCCAGUACCAGGAAAUCAGAGAGAAAUUCCGGCAGCCCGUUACCGACAAAGGCACCAUCCUCAAAACCAAGCCACAGUCAACUCAGAAGGACAUCCUGAGUGUAUGCUGUGACCCUCUGAUCCUGGCACAGCAGCUGACCUAUAUUGAACUGGAAAGGGUGAGCAACAUUUACCCAGAGGAUCUGAUGCAGAUUGUCAACCACAUGGACUCCCUGGAUAAUCACAAGUGCCGAGGUGAUGCGACCAAAACCUAUAAUUUGGAGGCCUAUGACAAUUGGUUCAAUUGUCUCAGCAUGCUGGUGGCUACAGAGAUUUGUCGGGUAAGUAUUUGUACAAAAUAAGAGAGCAAAGUGAUCCUGGCCUUAAGGACAAAAGG